UCGAACUUCGGACACACGCCACCUUACGUCCAUCCGCGCGACGUCGCCGUCGUGUCGUCCUAGAAGUCGCCAUGAACCUCAUAAACACGAAAGUGGUGGUCGCUCUUCUCCUCGGAUUCAUCCGCUUCUUCUUCGGCAUCCUGCCCGUCAAACUCUACCGAGUGUUGCGACGAUGGGAGGACGCUACCUUAGACUCCAACACGUUCGUCAACAAACGUCGCCACGAUCAACUCAACUGCUGGGUGAUGCUUUGCCAGAGCUUCGGGGGCGGCGUCCUCUUCGCCACCUGCUUCUUGCACAUGAUGAAGCAGCUUUUUCUCUCCGUGGAGGAAUUUAAGGUGAUACGAAAUGUUCAGACUGAAUACCCGCUUUCCCAGUUGGCCAUCUCGGUCGGUUUUUUCUGCAUCUACUUCCUCGAGGAAUGGUCGCACUGGCUCAUCGAGAGAAAAGUGAAUAGCGAGUGCACAAAAAAGGCCAUCGACAAGAUAGCCAGCAAUCUCUCGAAGCCUUUAGAGGGUUGCGUGAAAAUUGCUCCGGUAGAGGACACGAAGCGACCUGCGAGCGAGACCAGGAAAAACUCCGGAGUUUCUCUGAUCGACUCUGGCCUAAAUUCGGCUACAUCCAGGAGUACCAGAGUUGGCAGUACGAAAUCCGCCCGUUCUGUCGUAUCGGAGAAAGAAGACGCGGAGAAAGUAACGAACCGCGAGAAAAUAAUGCGUUGCGUCCUCACCAUAGCGGCGUUGUCGUUGCAUUCGAUCAUCGAAGGCCUCUCCAUUGGGCUGCAGCGACGGGCCGUAGAAAUCUGGUACCUCUUCACGGCUGUCAGCAUCCACUCGGCUACCAUACUUUUCUGUCUGGGUUUGGAAUUGUUGCUUGCACGUACCAGGAUACGGUUCAUCGUGAUACAAAUGGGGGUGCUGGCGCUCGCCACGCCUUUCGGAAUGCUUUUAGGGCUUAUCGUGACAAUAGAGACACCCGGAGAAACCACUGCCAAGUCUAUUGUUACCAUAUUGUUGGAGGGAUUGUCGGCGGGUGCCAUUUUGUACAUCACGUUUUUCGAGAUACUCAACAGGGAAAAGGAGAGGCGGGUGCAUCGGAUGCUGAGGGGGUUGUGCAUCGUCGGCGGGUUCGCGAUGAUGGGGUUGCUGCAACAGAUCGAAACGAUGUACGCCGUUACGCAAGUGGUCGUUUUGGAGCGAAACCGCACCAGGACUUAAGCCAUAAAAGUCGAUAUUAAAUGCAAUGAACAUUAGAGGUCGUUAAUUAUUUAAAGGAGCGGGUCGAUUUUUUGCGACUCAUUAAUUUGUUGUGCACACAUAUAUCUGUGAUUUCCAAAGGAAAUGUUUG